AUGCGCGUUAUCUUUUAUGGUCCGCUGCAAGUCGUAUAUCAGCUUUGUGUUCUAAGACCGUGGGCAGGCCGUGGGCGCUACUCCAGAAAUCUUAGCCCACGUGGCCAGAUAUUAGAUAGUUUGAAAUUGGCUCGGAACUGGUUUAUAGGAGCAGUCUCAGAUUGUAACAACGCCGUGUCGCGUGCCGUUAUUCGAGCCUGCAGCGUACUUUCCUCCUUAUCUCAAAUCUCUGGGUUGUCGUCGAGUGACGAGCGUGGCGUCACUCCAGUAUACCUGAGAUGUAGGGAGGGUUCUGUGUCGUGGUUGUAUCCGCGUGGAGCGCUCAGACUGCUCUUCAAGCCGCCGCUACCUACUGGAGAGAAAGACUUCAAGGUCUGCGUACGAGUAAUCCGUAGACAAGAUCCACCUGAUCUAUUUUAUUCGCUUGACCGGAAUAAUACAGAAGUCGCUGGACGUUUCCCUGCGCGUAUCUUCGUUGAAGGAGUGCGCCGUUUAGUUCCUCUCUACGCGCCUGAUGACGGUGAUGUAAAGGAACUGAGAUGUUUCCGCAGCAGACACGGUCAGGCGGCGUUAUAUGUUGAGGCUGAACCCGAAGAAGGCCCGAAACGUAGGGUUGCCACAUUCAGAUACGAAGCCAGGUCGCUGGAAAGGCGGCAUUACGACCCAGCCGCCGCGGAUUGCCGACCCUGUUCGGAAGCUGAGUUGGAACUUGCUUUCUGCACCAGCGAUCUCGUAUCUCGUGCUGUUAUGGUUGGUAGUGAGCGUGUUUCGUCUCUGGACUCAACUCAACUCACUUGGCGCCUUACGAAGUUGGUCCGAGCGACCGCAGCCGACAUACAAACAGACGUACAAACAGAUGACCUUAAUGACUACUAUAGAUACGAUAUAGACAAUGUCGAAAACAGUAUUGAACCAACACGAACACGCACCCGUCGGCGAGCACGCACUCGCGGACGUAAACACACGAGCACGCACACACACACAGACACGCGCGCACACACGCACGCACACACACAGGUGCCACACGCGUGUGGUGCGGCGACGGGGGAGGGGGAGUUUGUAGUAAUGGCAAGGAGGAGACUCGGGCGACUAACACUAGUAUGUGCACCAAGACUUGAACAAUGGGUAAAACUAGUACAUGACAGGAGGAAAGACGGAACCUCACACUGUUCACUGAAAUAUUGA